AAAAAGGAAGGAAGGUUUCCCGAAUUCUUGAGACCAGAAGGACAAAUGCAUGAGAACGGGCCAACGGAUGUCCUCCCUCGUCGGACCGUCACGUUUUUUUGGAUCUUUGAGAAAAAAACAUUGGCCUUUGGAGUUCAUCUCUUCAUCCCUUCCUUGAUGGCGUUAUAUCUGCGGAUCGAAGAUUCCCCGCUGCGUCGGUGCCACGGGAGGGAGGUGGCAUUAUUUCAUCCUCCGCAGAGGUGAGAUUGAAAACUCGUGCAAUUUACAUUGCAUCAUAUUCCUGGAAAUUCAAAACUUAGCCACUGAGGUAUGAUGCCUUUGAAACUAAAUGGGCAGUUCUCAUCAAAAUCUGGGUUUUAUUUGACCAACACUAGAUUAGCAGAUCAAGUGCUACGCUUUCCUUCAAGAUCGAAAGGAGAAAAUUUAGCAAAAUUCUCUGUAUCUUUUGCCAAAUUACGUGAUGCAUAUGAACCUGAAAGCAAUAGGUGGAAAAUCUAUGCUUAUGAUGAUACAGUCAAUGGAGUUACUCAGAAAUCUUUAACCAAUUUUCUCCCCAAGAGUCCAUUUGUUAGAUCUGGUGGCUCCAGAUGUAAAUCAGAAGAGGAUCUUUCAUCUCAUGAGCAAGGUCCUGAAUUUCCAGCAAAUCAUCUAGCUAAUCUUAUUGAAAAGUUAAAGGCUGUGCGUCUGCAUUUAUUAGCAUCUGAGCACUGGAAUGCCUCUCUACAGAAGUUAUGCCAUGGAACCUACUUAGCGAGUGCAAAAAACUUGAUCCAUUAUUUGGCAUUACAGUGCCUUGAUGUCCAACAACUUGAAGAAAGUCUUUCUUCCUUAAGUCUUCAAAAUUUGGAAUCUAUGAAUUCUCACAUUCUUGCAAGCAUCAACUCCAUCAUUCAGCUGUUGGAAAACCUGGUACCUGCAAUGUACAUUAUCAGAAGUAACACAGGGAACAUGGAUAGGGUUGAUUAUGUUACUGCUGAGCAGAGUGAAAACCAGAGAGAGUACAUGAUAAAUACCAUGACGGAAAUAGCAUCUUCUCAUGCAUUAAGAUUGUUUGGUCCAUCUGAUGACAGGAAGCAUGCCCAUAUCAUGGUAACUGUUGGAAGAGAAGUUAUAUCCAAUGAAACACUUUUAAUGGAUAUUCUUAAAGCAGGAGCCAACAUAAUACGAAUUAACUGUGCACAUGAUGAUGCAACUGUUUGGAGUGAGAUAAUAAGAAUGGCAAAGCACAGCUCCCAGAUGUUAGAGAAACCAUGCCGCAUUCUCAUGGAUUUAGCCGGACCAAAGCUCAGGACUGGCUAUUUAAUGAAGGAUACAAUUGCAAUGAGAAUAACCCCGCAGAAGGAUGCAAAUAGUGACAUGAUUUUCCCAGCUCAUAUCUGGUUAUGUUCUGCUGGAAGUAGUCCUCCUUCUCACUUAUCACUGGACGCAAUUGUUUGCAUAGAUCAAGAGUUUUUUAAUAAUCUCAGGGUCGGUGAUGUUCUAAAGUUUGUUGAUGUUAGAGGAAGAAAGAGGUCUUUUAAGCUUCUGAAGAAUUACCCAGUUGUUGCUGGUUCUGGUUAUAUGGUGGAGUGCUCAAGGACUGCAUAUAUUGGAUUAGGUACUAAACUCUAUGCCGAGAAGAGGGAUAGGAAGCUCUCAGUUGGGCGAGUGGUAAAGUUGCCAUCUCUCGAGGAAUUUGUUAUGCUCAAGGUAGGAGAUUUGCUAACAAUAUAUAGAGAUUCUAGCUUCUCUAUGGAUAAACCAUGUAGCAUACGAUUUGGAUCAGCAAGAAUAACUUGUUCAUCUGACCAUCUUUUUGACUCUGUCAAACUUGGUGAGCCAGUUGCGUUUGAUGAUGGGAAAAUAUGGGGAAAAGUUCAGGAAAAGAAUGUCAACGAGGUUAUUAUCUUGAUCACUCAUGCCAGUCCAGAAGGUUCCAGACUUGGCUCUAGGAAAUCCAUCAACAUACCGAAGAGUGAGAUGCAGCUCAAGGGCCUUACUUCAAAAGACUUUGUGGAUCUUGACUUUGUGGCUGCUCAUGCUGACAUGGUUGGUAUUUCUUUCCUUCGGGAUGUCGAAGAUAUAGUGACUGUUCAACAUGAACUGGAGAAAAGAAAGCUUCAGAAACUGGGGGUUGUGCUCAAAAUUGAAACCAGAGAUGCUUUUGAGAAAUUGCCUCAGUUACUGUUCCAAGCAAUGCGAUUUUCAAAUCCUCUGGGUGUUAUGAUCGCCAGAGGAGAUCUGAUGGUGGAGUGUGGAUGGGAUCAGAUGGCUGAUAUUCAGGAAGAGAUAAUGUCUGUUUGCAGUGCUGCUCAUAUCCCAGUGAUUUGGGCAACCCAGGUUCUUGAAUCACUUGUCAAAUUUGGCCUUCCUACUAGAGCUGAGAUCACAGAUGCGGCCAGUGCAACAAGGGCAAACUGUGUUAUGUUGAACAAAGGGGAACAUAUUGUACAAGCUGUUUUGGCAUUGGAUUCUCUCAUGAGCAACCAUUCCAUGAGGAAGAACAAGAAGAUGCUACCGAACCCACCGCUUCCGUCUAGCUGAUCGAGCUAGUAAGAUGAUAUUUGUCAUUGUAUAGUAAAAUUUGCAUGUAAUAUGUAAUGGAUUGGAAUGGUGUCUGGGAUGAUGCCUAUUGCCAUUAUUAUUUUUUUGUUAGCUUGUUUAGGUUACCCUCAAGACUAUUAGCUGCUGAUCAGAAAUAUAAAACUAAGAACACUGAUGCAACUUUACUGAUACCAACUCAAGGAUAGAAUAGUUUGGGCAAAGAGGUGCCAAAUUGAAAGCUAGGACAACACUAUAAUUGAAUUAUGAGCCAAACUUUUGCCCA